AUGGUCACAUUCAAGAACUUUUUUCUUGAGCUCAUCAAGCCCUGUACACCAGAAGAUCAAGAUCAGAAAGAAGUUGAUGUAUCUCAAGAACAAAAGAUUUUCACAUUUCAAACAUUAAUUAGUGCUACAAACAAUUUGGAAAAUAAGCUUGGGCAAGGGGGUUUUGGCCCUGUUUUCAAGGGGAAGUUGCAGGAUGGUAGAGAGAUUGCUGUGAAGAAGCUUUCAGAGACCUCAAAACAGGGGAAAAGGGAGUUUACAAAUGAAGCUAAAUUAUUGGCUUGCAUACAACAUCGAAAUGUUGUGAGUUUGUUAGGCUAUUGCGCGUUCCCUGAGAAGCUUUUGGUGUAUGAAUAUGUUGUUAACGAGAGCCUCGACAAGCUUCUUUUCAAGUCUGCAAAGAGGGAUGUGCUUGACUGGAAACGAAGAUAUUCCAUAAUCGUUGGUGUAGCACAAGGCUUGCUUUAUCUUCAUGAAGACUCGCGUGAUCGUAUCAUUCAUAGAGAUAUAAAAGCAAGCAAUAUUUUGUUAGAUGGUAGAUGGAGACCAAAGAUUGCGGAUUUUGGCAUGGCCCGACUCUACCCCGAAGAUAAAACUCAUGUCAACACCCGUGUAGCCGGUACCAAUGGAUACAUGGCACCGGAGUAUGCGUUGCAUGGUAACUUAUCAGUGAAAGCAGAUGUAUAUAGUUAUGGUGUAGUGGUUCUAGAGCUCAUUAGUGGUCACAAGAACUCUACAUUCAACCUUGAUCCAGAGUGUGAUAAUCUACUUGAUUGGGCAUAUAAGCUAUAUGCAAAGGGAAAAAGUCUAGAGAUUAUGGAUUCUACACUAGCCACAUCAGCUGACCCGAAUCAGGUGGCAACAUGUGUACAAAUUGGAUUACUAUGCACCCAAUCUGACCCGAAGCUACGGCCCACCAUGCGCCAGGUGGUGGUGAUGCUAUCUAAGAACGGCGGGCCACUAGACGAACCAACCAAGCCGGGGUACCAGGGUUUUAAAACUAGAAGAACAGGUAGACGCUCUAAUUCAUCUUCUUCAACAGGGAAUUCUAGUGGGACAAGUUCCCGAACUUCUAGAUCCACCACCAUGAGCGCGACAAGGGCUGUUGGUGGUACCGCUAGCAUGUGGGCUUCGUCUUCGUAUCUGCGUCGUCAUCAUCCACCAAGUUCAAGUUGUGCAAGUUCAGUAUCGGAUCCUUAUGGCAAGCGACCCAUUGAAGGGUAAAGAGUGAUGUUAUAGAUUAGUUGGUUGGUGUAGUUUUUGUUUUUGUUUUGUACAAAAGUGAUUUAAAGUGUAAAUUAUAGGAAAAG